AUGGCUUUCAGUGGCAAAUUUGAGUUUGAGAGUGAGAAGAACUAUGACGAGUUCAUGAAGUGCCUGGGUGUUUCAGACGACGUGACUACAAAGGCACGGAACCUAAAGAUCAUCACAGAGAUCCAGCAGAAUGGACAGGACUUCACCUGGUCCCAAUCUUACUCUGGGACCAACAUCAUGACCAACAAGUUCACCAUUGGCAAAGAAAGUGAAAUUCAGACCUUGGGAGGCAAGAAGUUCAAGGCUACUCUGAAGCUGGAGAACGGGAAGGUGGUGGCCGACUUCCCCAACUUUUACCAGACCUCGGAGAUCGUGGGUGACAAGCUGGUGGAGAUCUUCACCAGUGGCGGUGUGACCUAUGAGCGAAUAAGCAAGAGGCUGGCUUGA